GACAUUUGCUGUCUCUCUGAGCCACUUGCAUGUUAUGCUGGAAACAAGCCAGACUGGGUGAUGCCAAUCUGAUUGGAAAGGACAGAAAAGAGAGCGAGUAGGGGGAACGCCAGGAUGAAGCUAGAGCUUGCCCUGCCUGUUUUGGGGCUCCUGCUCUGUGCGGCUGACACCAUGGCGCAGGAAAACCCUGACACCAUGGCGCAGGAUAACCUAGAGUUCGGGGUGGUGAUCUCUAAGACCAAGGUGACUCUCACCUGCCCCCCAUCCGUUGAGUCAGACAUACAAUGGAAGAGAAACAAGAACUCGGUACCUGGUAAUGGUAAGGAACAGGACUAUGUGAUUGAGGAGUACGAGAGUUCCAAGCAUGACGGGGAGUAUACGUGUAGGUCCGGGACAGAGUCCCUCAAGCUUCACCUGAAGGCCAAAGUGUGCAGGAACUGUGAGGAGCUGGAUGUCUUGACAGUGGCUGGGAUCAUCAUCGCAGAUCUCCUCAUCACCCUCGGGGUGCUGAUCCUGGUCUAUUACUUCAGCAAGAACCGGAAGGGGCGAGUCGGUGGCAGCGCCGGAGUUCAUCCAAAAGGCCAGAAGAUGGUGCGCCCCCCGCCUGUGCCAAACCCAGACUAUGAGCCCAUCAGGAAGGGUCAGCGGGAUCUGUAUGCCGGGCUGCAGUCCAGGGGCUUCUGAAUCGCCCUGCGGAUGGCAGGUUGGACGAGAGCAGCUAAGGGCCCCCAGCUUCUGUCCCAGGUGAUACAGAUUCUCGGCAGUCCGUGCUGGGCAGUCGCACAUUCUGGGGACCAGCCCAGCAGCUGCAAUGGGAGACGCUGCCCCUCCUUGGACACCCUCCUUCCUGCCUUUGAUUUGACCCCGGGGAACAGACACUGACUAAAGAAACAAGAAGAAAAGGUUUUCCCCAUUAAAUAAUUGUAGCUUUCUCCUCUUCGGGCUCCUCCUAGGCUGUCCUGAUCACCCUUUCCAAACUGUUGGGGAAACCCUUUCACUCUUCAGUUUUAUUUAUUUCAGUCACAUGCUUUGAUUUUUCUCUCCAGCACCCUGCACCAUUGAUCUUGUCCUGACGCUCGGACGGCCUCUUCCCUGCCCAGGGCAAAGAGGGACAUUGUCCAGUGUCCUGAGCACCAGCCUGGGAGCCAGGAACACCUGAGCUCUGACCCCAGCUCUGACACUGAGUCCCUCUGUGACCGUGGCUAAGUCCGUCCCCCUCCCCCGCAUAUUUCCCAUCUGUACCACUUGGGCAGAGACUCACCCGCUUCCCAGAGAUGCGUUAAAUAGUGCUAGCAAAGAGCAGACCCUCUCGGAGCACUGGGGCUUGGCUGGCUCUCUCCUGUUCCUCUGGUUUAACAUUAGUUCCCGUUUCCCUGCCCAGGAUAGUAACGACUCUGUCACCACGUUCCCUGGGGCUCGAAAGGGAGAUGCGAUGGUCACUAUGGGCUGUAAAGGGUAGACGUGGCCGUGUGCGCAUCCACCAUAUUCCUCCUUGAGCCCCGUCCCUGUCCAGCUUGUGCUCUGCAGUGUUCUUCUGGCCACCGCUAGUGUUCGGGGGUGUAAGUCCCUGUGCUGCGAUCUCCGGGCCCCGGUGCAGUGUGUCAGUUGUGCUCACCUGGUCCUGUCUCAGCAGUGACAGAGCAGUUCAUUGACAACACCACGCUGGCUGCCCUUUCCAGCCAUGCUCAGCACGCCUGUCCUUGCUGUGGGGUCACACACAACCCCAACACCCCUUUCCGGAGACCUGCCAUGGGGAAAAUGGGACUUGAGCCCUUUCUUGCGUCUCUGGGAUGGAUAAAGUCGGCCUGGAAGGAGGGGAUUUAAAUAUCAGCAAUGGACAUCUGGAGCCGCCUGGUUUUGCUGGAGGACCCGGUGUUUCUCUCAGAAAGGUACCAUGUAUGGGGCCUAAAUAGAAGGCUGGGCGUGUGGACUCUUCAGCAUGUGCCCCUUCUCCCCCAAGCCUCCUCUAGACCUUGUAACAAAGGGUCAUCUGUAAGCCCCCCAGAAGGGCGCUUAAGUGGCUGAUUGAGUCUUUAACGCUUAUUAUUAAAUUACAGUAGCACUUGGAAGCCCCGGUCAAGAUCUAAGCCCCACCGGGCUGGGUUCUGCCGAGGAACAUAGUCCCUCCCCAGAGACAUCACUGUCUCAGGGGGAUGAGAUGCGUGAGAGGGGACUGGCACCAUUUUUCAGAUGGGGCUCCUGACCCCCAGUGCCUUAACCACAAGACAUUUUCCCUCUGGAGAAGUCCUAUAGAAUUUAAGAGCAGCAAAACCCAUAGGGCUGUGUAGAAAUUAGCCCAAACCAUAGAGAACUGCAGACAGAAUGCGACCCUUUCCAUAGGUUUUUAUUUGUACUCAGCCUGUGGAAUUCUAUAGCAGGGACCCCCGUUCCUGUUUCAUUUCUAUAGCGUGGUCCAAAACCACAUCUAGAAGUAGGAGCGUUUUCUAGUAACUGUGCGAGGACUUUCCCAUAAGGGCUGUACAAACCCCGUGCUCUGAGAGAGUCUCAUCUGGCUCACCUCGCUCCAACCCCCUUCCUUGCUGUACCCUCCCUCUCCUGUUCCAUCUCUGGCUCUCAGGCUGUGUCCAGGCUCCAUGGUGUCUGUUACAGAUGGUGAAUUUGUCUGUAUUGAGAAAGGCCUGUUUGAACGUUUAUGAUGCAAGUAUUUCUAAAAGUGCAUCAUGCAGCCAAUAAACUGGGAGGGCUCUGCCCCUGGAUCCGCA